GCAUGCGUGCUUUGGCCUGUCCCCUAAUUCAAGCUCCCUACGGAGUCAACGUCCUGAUCCUUGGGGUUGGGGAGGUGGAUGUAAUGUGGGGUAAAACGAGCGCGUAAAACAAAGCGGCUUGGGGCGUUUGUGCCUCGCGAGCCCCCGUUGUCACGGGCGUUCGUGUCGCGCAGCCUGCUGGGAGUUGUAGUUCCAGGCCCAGGGGUGCCUGGGAGGCGGGAGAGGGGCUGGGGUUCCUUAGCGCCGAUUCCGCGGGAAGGGCCCCGGGGCCUCACACUGCUACUCGCGGGACCGGCGCGUCUUACCCAGAGAGACGCUGUACCUGGAGCCCGCGCCGCCGCCGUUCCCAGCCGGCUCUGGAGCGCGGGCGAGGGCCACGGGGCGGAUUCCGGAGCUGGACUGAACUUUUGAAAUACUUCCACCAUGACUAAGAGAGAAGCAGAAGAACUGAUAGAGAUUGAGAUCGAUGGGACUGAGAAACCGGAGUGCACAGAAGAAAGCAUUGUGGAACAAACCUAUGCCCCAGCUGAGUGUGUAAGCCAGGCCAUAGACAUCAAUGAACCAAUAGGCAAUUUAAAGAAGCUAUUAGAACCAAGACUGCAGUGCUCUUUGGAUGCUCAUGAAAUUUGCCUACAAGAUAUUCAGCUGGAUCCAGACCGAAGUUUGUUUGAUCAAGGAGUGAAAACAGAUGGGACUGUACAGCUUAGUGUACAGGUAAUUUCUUACCAAGGAAUUGAACCAAAGUUAAACAUUCUUGAAAUUGUUAAGACUGCAGAAACAGUUGAAGUGGUCAUUGAUCCAGAUGCCCACCAUGCAGAAGCAGAAGCACAUCUCGUUGAAGAAGCUCAAGUGAUAACUCUUGACGGCACCAAGCAUAUCACAACCAUUUCAGAUGAGACCUCAGAGCAAGUGACGAGAUGGGCCGCUGCACUGGAAGGCUACAGAAAAGAGCAGGAGCGCCUCGGGAUCCCCUAUGAUCCUAUACAGUGGUCCACAGACCAAGUCCUGCAUUGGGUGGUUUGGGUAAUGAAGGAGUUCAGCAUGACUGAUAUAGACCUCACCACACUCAACAUUUCGGGAAGAGAAUUAUGUAGUCUCAACCAAGAAGAUUUUUUUCAGCGGGUCCCUCGGGGAGAAAUUCUCUGGAGUCAUCUGGAGCUUCUUCGAAAAUAUGUUUUGGCAAGCCAAGAGCAACAGAUGAAUGAGAUAGUUACAAUUGACCAGCCUGUGCAAAUUAUUCCAGCAUCAGUGCCUUCUGCUACGCCGACUACUAUUAAGGUUAUAAACAGUAGCGCAAAGGCAGCUAAAGUUCAAAGGUCCCCAAGGAUCUCAGGAGAAGAUAGGAGCUCACCGGGGAACAGAACAGGAAACAAUGGUCAGAUCCAACUAUGGCAGUUUUUGCUUGAACUUCUUACUGACAAGGAUGCUCGAGACUGUAUUUCUUGGGUUGGUGAUGAAGGGGAAUUCAAGCUAAAUCAGCCUGAAUUAGUUGCACAAAAAUGGGGACAACGUAAAAACAAGCCUACAAUGAACUAUGAGAAACUUAGCCGUGCAUUACGGUAUUAUUAUGAUGGGGACAUGAUUUGUAAAGUUCAAGGCAAGAGAUUUGUGUACAAAUUUGUCUGUGACUUGAAGACUCUGAUUGGAUACAGUGCAGCGGAACUGAACCGCUUGGUCACAGAAUGUGAACAGAAGAAGCUUGCCAAGAUGCAGCUCCACGGGAUUGCUCAGCCAGUCACAGCCGUGGCACUGGCUGCUGCCUCUCUCCAGACAGAAAAGGACAAUUGAGAUCUAGGACCUCCUGAGAAGUCUUAAGGUUUUUCUUAAAUAUUUAGAGCAAGCUUUGCUCUAACAUUUAUUACUGAAUUUGAAUCUUAUUUCUAGAGUGUACAAUCUGAUGCAUGAUUUUUUAUAAAUAUUUCAUACUCUUGUGAAUUUGAAUCUUUUUACGUUGAGCAUAUAUUUUAGAAUAUGUUAAAGGAUCACCACGAUGCCUGCAGGCGAGAGCAGGUUCAUCGGGGGUAGUUUGCUAACAGUCAGGAAAGCUAAACUGGUCAGUAUUAAUGUCUACCCUACCAAAAAAUAGCCAGGAGCGUCUGAAGAUGACAGUAAGGAAGCAUUUCCAGAAAGCAGCCUGGAGUAGCCACUGCUGGAGUGUAGCUGUUUCCUCUCUGCUGCUUUACAUAGAGCCUGAAAAGGGAAUUUUCAGCUAAAGCAUGUGUGCCUGUUUCAUCUAAUCAAGCAGAGCUAAACAGUCAUAUCAAAUAAAAUUAUAUGAUAAUUGCUAAACUAUCAGGUUAUUAAUUUAUAUAUUUGCAAGUAAAAAAUAAGUUAACUGGCAGAAGAAAGUGUUGAAUGAGACCCAGGUUUAAAGCUGGCUUAACUCAAACCAUUAUUAAUGGUUUCUGUGUAGAUUACUCAUUAUGUCAAGCCAAGGACUUAAAUUAUUUUGAGAGAGGCAUUUAAUUCUAAUAAACCAGCUAUUGCAAAAAUUUCAAAAUGAUAUCUUUUUUUUCUCUCAGACUUUAAAGUAUACCUCAGUUAGAAAGAAGAAAUUGGUUUAGUUUUGACUUCCUCUUUUUUAAGAAUUAAUCUAUGGUACCAGAUUAUUAUGCAACACCAUUUAUAUAUUCUCUUCUGUGUUUCUGAUAAAAUGAAGACUUUAGAUCAGAUGAAAGUGUUUAAGGUUUGAAGUAAGUUCCUUGUGAAUAGUUAUGAAAGGGUGUUUGCCUGGGCUCUGUAGGAGAUCUUCUUUAAAUAAAGUUUCCCACUUGUUUCAUUUUUUUCUUUUGAAUAUUGCAUAUAUGACUCUAAAAAUACUAUACACACGGCUAGCUAACCACUUUCUACAUAUAUGAAGACAAAGUUAUUCAAGGGGAGAUUAAUAUUUCUAAAAUCUUUAAAUCUUAUAUGAAAUGCCUUACUGCUUGCUAACACUAAGAAGAAAUGGCUUGAAAAGUCUUGUUUAUUUUAAAGUAUUAUCCGUAAAUCAUGAUAUGAGAGAUUAGCAUAUAGUUUUCAUAACAGAAAGGAAUUCCUCAGAGCGGUAUAAAGGCUACUUUAUGUACACCUCUCAUUUGUUUUUCUUUCAAUUCAUUCCCAAAUUGGCUUUAGAAGAGUUGAUGAGGAGAGAAAGCACAUGCAGUUGCAGCCUGAUGGUGCGGCUUGGAGUAUUAGGGAGGAGAAAGAAGGGUUGCUUACCUCCUACAGCGUAACGUCCAGUGCCGGGCUGUCAGGCUUCAAGUGUGGCCAGCGUCUUUAUAUUAAGUCCUUUAAGAUUAUACAGGAAGUAGUUAGAGUUAAGUUGGAUCUUUUACUUUUGCUUGUAUGUAUGUGUGUAGGUACACACACACACACACACACACACACACACACACACACACACACGCACGCACGCACGCACGCACGCACACGCACGCACACACAACAGUAGGCUGGCAAUUAUUCGUACAAUUUGCUCACCGUGAUUUGAAGACUGUAGACUCUUAGAACAAUCUCUAGGCCUUGACUUCAGAUGACAAUUAGGUUCUCCCCAUCUCAGAAAGUCUGGGGAGCCAUAACUCACUGCUUCAAAACAGAAGAUUUUCAUAGUCCAUCAGAGCUUGAGAAUCUUAGAGUUACAAUGUUUUAGCCAAGAGGACAGACUUUGUGUAUCAUUCAGAGAAAUAUGUUUUUAAGGAAAGGAACAUUUUUAUUUGUUCUAGGUCCCUAAAAUCAAAUUAAACAUGUCCAAAUGCUUUAAAAAACAAAACAAAACACAAAGCUGGCUUCUGUAGAUUGCUCUCCUCAGAAGCUGUUGUUUGCUGUGUUUUGAGCACAGGUCUCAGACAUGAGCUGCUCGUUCUCUUCAGCCCGUGUCCUUCCAUCCACUUCACACAGGAUGUGGAAGGGCUUCUCCCUGACUCAGCGCUAUUACUCUGUCUCCACCUAGACUUAAAAGUAUUUGUUACUUUUGAGGCCACAGUUUGCUAUCUUCUAUUAAAACAAGUCAUGUUAUAAAAGAAUAUUAACCCGUGGUAUUCCUUGCUCAGUUUUGUUGUGCAUUUUUCAUAGAUCAUAAGAUACAGUUAAACGAAAACAUCAGAAAACUGACCAUCUUUUGUACCUUGUAAGUUCAAUUAUAAUGAAAUGUUCAUUUUGUUAGGAAGGUUUUCCGUGUGAUGUUUACAUUGAGCUCAUUCUAUACGUGUGCUGGCCUGAAGUCUGACCAGUUGUGCCAGCAUUUUGCAAAGUCCCUUAGGGAGGCAGAAGUCCUAGGUGUGGCUGAGCUCCACAUGAUGGGUUAACCAAUUACAGUCAUUUUGGUGUUGAUCCAUGUAAAUAAAGUAGGAAAAAUUAUUCAAUUUUUCUCCCCAGGUAAGCAGUGAUGCUCGAGUAUGGUUAUUUCUUUUAAAGAGUGUACCUCCAAAUAUUUUUGGCAAGUUCUGUCAUUUUCUGCAUUUGCCAUUUAUGCUACUGCCUUUUAUAAAGAACUAGUGUAUCCUUGAAAUAGCACAAAAAAUGUUUUAAAAUUUAUAAUUGCAAAACAAACCUGUGACUGACUUAAUGUCCUCAGAUAAAGGCUAUAAAAAUGUUGAUAUUUCACUUAUUCCCAAGAAAAAAAAAUACUCUCAGUCUUUUGUAGAAGAGAGGAGAGUUUUUGCAUACAUUUUUACUCUUUAAAUAAAGACACUUAUACUAUCAUAAUAACAAUUAUGUAUUUCUUUGUUUUUUUGUAAUUUUACAUAAAACAGUUAUUUUCUAUUUUUACUCAGAUAAAUAUUUGUGCAUAAAAUGUAAAAAUAGUAAAUGAGAAAAAUAAACUAUUAUACAAUAAAUUCUUAUGUUG